UCGAAGUAACCUUUGAAAUUGAUGCCAAUGCUAUCUUAAACGUCACAGCUAUUGAAAAAUCCACCAACAAAGAAAACAAGAUCACAAUCACCAACAAUAAAGGUAGUCUCAGGAAAGAAUAUAUUUAAAGAAUGGUUAACGAUGCCGAAAAAUACCGUACUGAGGAUGAUAAGCAAAAGGCUACCAUCUCAGAUAAGAACGUCCUCGAAUCUUACUGUUUUAACAUCAAGAGCACCAUUGAAGAUAACAAAAUCAAGGACAAUAUCAGCGAAAACGGCAAAACCACCGUCAUGAUGAAAUGCAAUGAGGUUAUUGCUUGGUUGGAUGCUAACCAAUUAGCUGAGAAGGAAGAAUAUGAACACAAACAAAAGGAGCUCGAAAACAUCUGCAACCCCAGCAUUACUAAGUUGUACAAAGAUGCCGGUGGAGUUCCAGGUGGCAUGCCAGGCAGUUUCCUAGGUGGAACAGCUCCAGGAGCUGCAGGUGCCGCCGGAGCUGCUGGACAAACCAUUGAAGAAGUCGAUUAAAUUAUUCAUUCCAUUUUUGUAACUUUUGUUAACCGUUGUGCAGUAUUACUUGCAGACAAAGCUUUUUUUAAAAUUUACUUUUUUACACAAUUUUUCAAUUGUUAGACAAUAUUUUUGGUAACAGUUAAAAAAUUACUGCAAUAAUUAUGUUCGUU